CGCACGCACGCACGCACGCACGCCCCACCCCCACCCACACCACAGCCUACUUUUGCCCUCCCUGCCGGGUCUGCCCCAGGCACGCACCCCCCCUCUCCCCUUUCUCUUCCUCUUGUGGCCGGUCGGCGCCGACCGGACUCCGAGCGCUCGCCCCCCUCCGCAAGACACCCACCAUGCGGCGGAGCCUUCGCCGGGUUGUCAAGGACGGCGCCGGGCCGGCCCCGGACCCGGGCCGAGUGCCCUCCCCCGCGCCGUCCCCCAUGUCGGCUGAGACCGAUGCGCCGAUUGUGCAGAAGCGUGUCACGGCGGCCGAGAUCCGCAGCCGCUUUGACCAGACCCUCGCGCAGACCACCUCCCUGCUGCAGCGGGCCACGGCCGAGGGGUUCUCCUUCCCGGGCCUGGACUCGGGGGCUGCGGCACAGCUGUGGCCCGGUCCCGGCGAGGCCGCCGGGCCGGGUGAGGCCUUGGCCGAUGAGGCCGCCCGCACCCUGGCCGGGUUUGUGCUGUUCCUGCGGGACUCCCUGACCAAGCAGAGCCAGGACCAUGUUGUCGCGGGGCUGCUGCAGCUGGCGCGCGACCUGCCGCAGGUGUUCCGCACGGCCGAGGUGCACCGCGCGCUGGUGGCCUGCUUUGACCCGCGCUACAUGCUGCACAUUGUGGUCCGGCCCAAUCCCUGGCUGGUGGUGUUGGUGGCGCAGGUGUUCCAGGCUGCCUGGGAGGACGCCCCUUCGGACUGGCCAUUGGACUUCGUGGACAUCGUGGUGGCCGAUCUGCUCGGGGACCGGGUGUGGACCGACCUGCCCGGGGCGCAGCGCUUCCUGGCCGAGGUGGCCACUGCCUUCCUGCUGCCGAGCGACCCUCAGGCUGGCGUUCCCACCGCGACGGACCUCGGUGCGGCCACCUACAAUUGGGUGGUGGCCCCGGCGGCCGGGCGGUACACCAGCCCGGCGGCCUCGGCCGCCGUGCAUGCACACCUGCAGCACACCCUGCCGGGGGCCUUGCGGCAGCUCUUCCCGCCGGAGGCGCCGGCUGACCCCCGGACCGGGGCCGUGGCCGGGGCCGGGGCACGCCCCGACGCCCCGCAGCAUGGGAAUGUCGUGCGGCUGGCGGCCCUGUGCACGCGGUAUCCCGACAUCCAGGCGGCCCUUAUUCCGUAUUUGGCCAUGGCCGCCGGCCGGCGGGUGUGUCAUCCCCCCUUGCGGGAGCUUUUCGCCCGGCUGACGGAGACCUUCGCGGCGGCGGCGGCGGCGGCGGCGGCGGCGGCGACAAUGGCCACGCCGGCCGGCGGCCAGGAGCCCGGUGCCGGGCCGGUGGGCGAGCUCUUCCAUGCGCUGGCCACCCUGCGCUGCCCGCCGGCCCUGGUGCCGGCCCAGGUGGACGCGGUUCAGCGUGUGAUCAGCCGGGACCCCGCCUCCGCACGGCGGCUGGUGGAGCUCCUCUUUGGCGAGCUGUUCCUGCUGCAGGGAACGGGCGAGGCGGCGGCGGCGGCGGCGGCAAGUGGCCCGGUGCCGGUCGGCGGCGGGCCCGCCCUGUCUCCCAUGUCGCCGUCGACCACGGCGCCGGACCACCUGCUGUCCAUGCUGCAUUUGGCUUUCGGGCAUGCCGGCUGCGCGGGCUCCUUCGGGGCCCUGCUGCAACGGGCCAUCCUCCACCGCCCGGGGGAUUUGGCCGACGGCUGGCCGGAGCGCUUCCGCCAGGUGGUGGACUUCCUGCCCGGGUCGUAUCCCCCGCAGGCGGCCCAGUUGGGGGCCCUGGAGGGGGCCUUCCUCCAGGGGGCCCUGCAUGUGGCCGACAUCGCCGAGGGGCUGUUCCACUGCCCGGAGGCGACUUUCUCCGGGGGGACUUGCGCCCUGUCGACCGUCAUCCCCAUCCUCUUGCGCUUGUUCACCAUGGGCCUGGCGCGCCUGCUGGGCCCGGUGUCCGAGCGGGCGGCCGAGCUCUUCCGCCAGCAGGUUCCCGCGUUGCCGGUCACGCAUAGCCUGCCCCCGGUGCCGGCCGGCAUGCGGGCCGACAUGCUGGCCCGAGCGGCUGGCUUGUCCCUCCGAGCGCUCGGCCUCAUUGUCGGGCUGCUGAACCGGGGCUUUGUCGGCCUCGAAGCCGGUGCCGGUGCCGGUGCCGGUGUCGACGCCGGCGCCAGUGCCAGCACCGGCGCCGGGCCGGCGAACACGUAUUUGCGCCUGCGGGUCGGGGCCGCCGAGGGCCCCGCCACCGCCGCCAAUGCCACCCCGGGCGAGGAGAAGAUCCCCGCGCGGGCGGCAUUCGACUGGCUGCGCACGGUCCUGGCCCCGGAAUGGCUGUCUGGCAGCCUGUUGGCCGAGGUGUCAGUCGACGAGCGCGUCUUCGUGGUGUUGCUGGACUCGCCCUUGUGCGCGUCGGCCCUGAUGCUGGAUCUGCUGGAGGAGCUGGCGGUGCGGGUGUUGCUGCGGCGCGGCGCGGCAUCGGCCGGCGAGCUCCCGCGCCUGGCUCCGGCCGGGGAGGGCCCGGUUGGCAGCCCGGUUGGCCGGUUUGCCGAGUACCGGCGCCGGGUGAGCCCGCUGGACUUGACCCUCCAGCCGGGGCAGAUCUCCACGCUGCUGGGCUGCGGCCUACCGGGGGCGGCCUCCGCGCGGCAGACCACCUGGCCGGCCUUGCGGGUGGUCCUUCUGCUGGCCUCGCUGAGCCCCCUGGCGGCGGGCCCGGCACUUUGGGAGCUGCCCCUGGUCCGGCGACUGUUGGGGGACCUGCUGUCCGGGCGCCUGCGCCAGCAGCUGGACGCGUACACCCACUCGGCGGCCGGGGAGCAGGUGGCCGACCUGGAUGCCGAGGGCCUUCCCCUGUCCGAGGCGCAGCGUCGAUCCUUGAAGCGCUCGCGUCGGCUCCUGGCCUCGGAGCUGGCCGCCGACGCGGCGGCGGUCAGCGUGUCGGUCCCGGCCACCGGGCCGAUUGGCCCGCCGCUGGCCAUGCUCCUGAGUCCGGUUGACUUGGACGCCGCCGGGGCCGGGGCCUCGCCUGUCCCCGCGCCGGAGGCCGAGCGCCUGCUCGAUCCGCGACUGGCCCUCGGUGCGCGGCUGGCCGCGUCGCCGUGGCUCUGUGGCCAGAUCCUGCGCGCGUCCCUCGGGGAGGAUCUGCGCCUGCCGCCGGCCGACCAGCUACACUGGCUCCUGGCAGCCCCGGGCGCUCUGCUGUCGGCGGGGCUGCUCCUGGCGCCUGGCACUGGCGAGGGGCCUGCCCGCCUGUCGGCCGACCUGGCUGUGGAGGUCCUCUCGUCGGAGCACUCCAGCCAGCUGGCCCUUUGGGCGGACGUCCCUCUGGCCGGGGCCACCCUCAUCGCUGCCGCCCAGCAUAAUAUCACCGCCUGCGUGGGGCCCGUGUCGCGGCUGUGCUCGGACAUCGCGCACUCACCGGUUCCCGGCCGCGCGCAGUCGGCCCUACUGCUGGUGCGGCUGCUGUUCCACCUACUGGCCACGCCGUCAUCCGCCUGCCGGACGGGCAUCUACCGGGUCCUGUGUCUGGCCCGCGAGGCUGUGCUGCCUGGACUCCAGGCCUCCGGUGCGCCGCCCGAGUGGGCCGGGCUCGACGAUGCAUUGGCCGGCUACCUGAGCCGGCCGGGCCGCUUUGCCGACGUUUCCUCGGCACUGGCCAACGCCUCCGGUGCGCCGCCCGAGUGGGCCGGGCUCGACGAUGCAUUGGCCGGCUACCUGAGCCGGCCGGGCCGCUUUGCCGACGUUUCCUCGGCACUGGCCACCCUGCGUGAGGCCAUCCGGGCCCCGGGGUCCGGCUUCGCCGAGGACCAGGUCCCCCUGGAGGGGCCGGUGUUGGUGGGGCUGCUGGGGCGGCUUUUGGCGGACGAGCCACUGGCCCCGCUGCUGCUGGCCGCGUUGCCGGGCGAAAGCGGUGUUCUGUUGGCCCGGUCGCUGCUGCGGUCAUUGUUGCCGGCCGCUCGGCGGACCCCGGCGACAUGGGCCUCGGCCGCGGUCCGCACGCUGGCCACCAUGCAGCAGGAGAUCGGAAGAGCGUCCGGUGUUCUGUUGGCCCGGUCGCUGCUGCGGUCAUUGUUGCCGGCCGCUCGGCGGACCCCGGCGACAUGGGCCUCGGCCGCGGUCCGCACGCUGGCCACCAUGCAGCAGGCCCGGCCGCUCUUCCUUCGGGCCUUGCUGGCCGAGGCGCCGGCCGUGGCUUCGCUCGGGUGCGAUGCCCACCUCCGGCCGAUGGCCGACCCGGGGCCGGAUUUCGGCGAAGCCCUGCUCGAGCUGCUGAGUCUGGCACGCACCCAUGAGCCGGGUCUGCCCGGCGAGCCGGCCGUGCGGGGGCUCCUGCAUGGGGUCUUCUGCUCGCCGGUGGCCACGAUCCCCGGGGCCUCGGGGAGCGGUAUCUUUGGGGACAUUUCGCCGGAGAUCCUGCUGGCCUCCUGGCUGGAUGUCCCGUCGGUGGGCGGGUGCCCGGGGCUGCCGGUUGGCCAGGCGGCGGUGGCCCUGCUGGAGGGGCUGGUCGGUGCCAGCCCGGCUCCGGAAGCCAAGCUGGCCCCCCUGGCGGGGGUAUUGCGUUCGGCCGCUGCCGGGUCCUCGGGCCAGCACAUCCUGGCCCGCCUGGGGUCCCUGGGCCCGGGGUUCUUGGCUUGGGCGACCGGGGCGCUGGGCGGGACGCCUGGGUCUGUGGCCUCGGUUCCGGAGCGGCCGCGUGCCGUGGGCCGGUGGACCGGCGGCAUGCUGACCGUGGCAGCCCCGCACAAGACCCCCUCGGCCCCGAGGGUGGCCCUGGACUUUGAGCAGCAGCCCGGCCUGCUGGACUCGCUGCUGGCGUCGCUGGCCACGCGGACCGGGCCGGCCGUCGCUGUGUCGGUGCCGGGCCGCGAGGAGCCCUUCCGGGCCGAGCCGGCCGCGGCCGCCCGCUGGGCCGAGAGCUUCCCCCCGACAUCGGAGGACAUCAGCACAUCGGUCGAUCUGGGGGCCAACCAAUUGGCCACCUUACAGUCCGGGGCCAAGCCCAAUGCGGUGUCCGGUGCCCCGGAAGACGAGGUCGACCCGGCUGUGGCGGCCCAUUCGCCGUUCGACUCGCGGCUGACCGGCGUCGCGCUGGGCCGCUUCCUGUCGUAUGCCGGGGCCGGGGUGACGCGGUCGGCCGCCGACGCGGUUCUCCUUCUUGGGCGCUUGCUGUCAGGGGAACUGUACUUGCAGGUGCCCCACUUGGCCCCAUCCCUGGUGGCAACCAUCUGGCAGGCAUCCCGGCUGGGGGAGGUUUCCUUGGAAUUGAUCGACCUGCCGGGGUUCUACCUGCACGCACGCGACAUGCUGUAUGCCCCGUGGAACAGGCGCUUCUAUGUGGAAGAGCGCCUUCCCCCGCCCGGGGUCCUUCUGCAGGGUCUGCUGUCGGCAUUGGCUGGCUGGUCGGCCGGGCGCGUGCGCCGGCUGCUGGCCGCCACGGUGGUCCGGUCGCCGGACCCCGGGCCCGGGGGGCAUCUGUCCGUUUGGCUGGUCCGCCUAGCGGACUUGCUCCUGUGGUCUCUGGUGCUGGAGUACUCGCAGCCGUCGGCCCUGCAUGCGGCCGGCGAGCGGCCGGCCCCGACGUCGCUGACAUUGUCCUGUCGCGAGGCGGCGCGGCAGCUGGCCGAAGUGCUGGCCCUCCUGCCGCUGGCCGACCCGGCGGCCGGCUGGGUGGCCGCUCCGUCGACGACGGCUCGGUCUCCGGGUCGUGCGCGUGCCGACCUCUUCCAGGCCGGGGUGCAGCUGGUCAUCGGGUAUUUGGAGAGCCUGCGCCAGGCGCUGUGCAUUUCCGGGCCGAUGCUCUUCGCCUGGGACCUGACCAUGACCUCGGCCACGCCGAGGGCUCCCUGGGCGACGGAGAAGCAGCAGCAGCAGCGGCGGCAACUCGCCGACGGGGAGGGCGACGCCUCCCGGCGGGUCAUCAGCCUUGGCGGGGCGCCGCCCGGGACGGCCGGCCUGCUGGAGGAGUCGUUGCAGCGCCUGCAGCGCAUCAACCAGACGGUCCAUGGCCCGUCCAUGGUUUUCAGCUUGCAACUGCUGGACCGGCUGCUGGCGGAGAUCGGGGCGUUGGGCUUCCCGCGCGCGGCGCCGGCCUCCUUCCGCAUGGGCCUGGCGCCCUUCUCCUCGACGGCACUGCACCAUGAUUCGGCUCUCUCGACCCUGGCACACAUCCUGGUCCAGAGUGCCACCUCCUUCAGCACCGAGCAUGAUGUCCUGGCGGCCGGUGUGGCCGGGUCGCCGGGCACCCCCGGAGGGGCUGGCUCCGAGCAGCAGGCCUGGGACCGGUCGCUCCGGGCGCUGGCCCUGCUGGCGGCCUUCGCCACGCACAGCCCGCUGCCGGUGAUCCGGGCGCUGGCCGAUGCCAGUGCCAUUUUGGGGUCCAUCGAUGACGAGCUCUUGACAUCGGCCACGUCGGCUGCGUCGCUGGUCGGGCCGGCCCUGGCCACGGGGGCCUCCUCCGGGCCCGGAGCGACCUCCGGCCCCGGGGGAGCCACCGGGGCCGAUGGCCGGAAGGCCGACGUCCCGGGGACCAGUGAGCUCGGCACCGCCGGGCGCACCCAGGCCCUGCAGCUGCUGAGCAUUGUCCGGCUCUUUGUGUCGGUGGUGCUGCGCUUCGGGCGCGGGGCCAUUCGCGAGCGCUUCGACGACAUCCUGGCCUCGAUGGACAGCAUCCUGGUUCGUUGCUUCCGGCCCUUCCCCGGGCUGAUUGCCCGACUGCGGUCGCUGCUGGAUGAGCCGCCCCACGAGGCCGGGCAUCAGCGUCUGGUGGAGAUCACAACCUACAUUACGCGCCUGUCGCAGCUGCUGUACGAGUAUGGGCGAGCGGUGUCGCACUCGGGCAGCGCCGAGCAGCUCGGUGUCAAUCGCCUGCAGGGCAUCCUGGUUCGGGCUUUCAGCCUGAAUGAGGAUGUCGUCGCGUCGGGCUCCGGCUCCGGGGCCGGGGGCGGGGUGGCCACGCUGAAGGCGCGCGCCUAUGGGCCUGCGGCCUACCGGACCGCGCACUAUUCCCUCUGGGGCCCCUCGCAGACCCCCUCGCUGAUGAGCCGGCAUGCGUGGCAGCGGUGGCUUGUCCGGAGCCGAGUGAUGCCGGUGCUCGGGCGCCAACGUCGUGAGGCCGUGCGCCGGCUGAUUGCCGUGUCCUCCGGGCGACGGACCACCGAGCUGGGGGCCCGGUCGCGGGGUUCCUUGCUGGUGGCCGCCCGGCGUCACUCGCCCUGGCGCUCGGCGUCUGGGACUUUGUCCGCCCAGCAUGGCGGAGACGUCGACCGGUCCCGCGGUGCUCUGGAUGAGGAGGACCACCAGGACGAGGGCUCGACGCUGGAGGACAGCGAGGCGGGCGGCCUUUCCGAGGCCGAGGCCGAGGCCGAGGCCGGUCUCACGGCCGAGGAGACGGGCUCCGACUCGGGGUCCGGAGGUGACUCCGACUCGGGGUCUGAUUCCGAGCCAGAGGAGGAGCCCGCCAAGCCCGCCUCCGAGGCGACCCCCGGCGUGGAGGGUGACUCCUCGGACGGGUCCGAGGCGUCGGACGAUUCGUCCGAUUCCUCCACAUCAAGUGGCGAGGAGGAAACCGACGCCAAGGAAGCCGCUGCCGGAUCCGGCAGUGAUGCCUCCUCCGGGGAUGAUGAGGAUUCCGAUGACGGCAUGGACACCGAGGAUGAUGCUCUGCCGAGUGAUGCGCCGCCUGGCGACGCACCGAUGGCCGACGCCGGUCAGGAUUCCCCGCUGCCGGAGGGCAGGGCCCUCGCCGACUCGGAGUCUGCCACGACCGCCAGCACGGCAGCCGGGACCGCCGUUCCCGAGGUCGACGCCGCCGGAACCGGCGGAGCCGCCGAUGCCGACGCCACCGCCAUUCCCGCGAGCCCCGACGUUCCUGCCGCAGCCCCGGAGCCUGCCGCAGCCCCGGAGCCUGCCUCCCCCAGUGUCAAGCAUCGUCCCGGCCGUCAUGCGCUGAAGCAGCCCGAGGGCGCUGCACGCUCGGGGGCCGACCGUCGCGAUGAGGGCUCUGACCGCCGUGAAGCGCGGCUCUUCGGCCCGGAUGGACGGCCCACCAAGGCCGGGCGGCGCUCUGGCGAUGUGUCAUCUCCCGGGGAAAGGCGCUUCCCACGGCGCGAGCGCGAUCGUGAGCGCGACCGCGACCGUGACCGGGAGCGCGACCGCGACCGGGAGCGCGACCGCGACCGCGGCAAGCAUGCCCCCCGGGGAGUCAACUGCUCGGACCAUCAGUUCGAGCUGGAGGAGCACCAGCAGGCCACGGAGAAGGCGGCCUCCCAGCUGGCGGAUCUGGCCACCCUUCUGCCGCAUGUCCAGCCGCUGGCCGGCCUGUGCGCCUUCCUGGGCUUGGCCCCGGGCAGGCUGGAUGCCGGCCCGAUGGCGGCCUCCCUGCGCCCGUCCACCCCGUUGGAGUUCGAGGUGGCGACCAUCUUCGCCGGGCUGGCCGAGGAGCCCGGGCGGAUGGCCGGGCUGGCGGCGUCGCUCGGCUCGCCGGCUCCCACGUCCGAGCAUCCCGCCCCGCCGGAGACCCUGAGCCAUGACUGCCUGCAUCGCUUUUACCAGGUGGCCAAUGCGGCGUUCGUACGGCCGGUCGGCGGCCCGGGGGCCGGUCCGCCGCGACUGACCGACAACCCGCGCGCGCGUCUGGCCGCCGUGGCCAUGUUGCUGACCAUGCUCGGGCGGACCUUCGGCCGGGUGAGCCCUGGCCGGCUGGCGCGUGUGCUGGCCGACGCGCCGGAGGCCCUGCUCGCGGAGGAGGCCCGUCCCGCUGGGCGCGAUCUGGCCGACCUGGACAAGGUCCUUCUGUUCUGCUGCAUGGCCCUGGUGCCGGAGGGCCAGGUCCAUGGGUAUCUGCCGCUGCGGGGAACGCCGCCGGCCGUGGGGGCGCCGGCCGCGCCGGUCUCCGACGUGGCCCUUGCCCAGACGGCCUGGCGGCUGCCCCUGUUGGUGGCCAUCUCCGAGACGGAUGGCGUCCUGAGCAUGGCCGAGACGUGCCGGGUGCUGGCCGGCCCGGUCCUUGCGCUGAUGCCCUUCGUCGCGCGGCUUUUCCUCGGCACCACCCUGGCCGGCCCGGGCCCCGACUCGCCGGAGUACAUGCAUCACUCCAUCUCCAAAUCCUACUGGGCGCUGCUGGCCCGGCUGUGCCUGUGUGGCUUCUCGGCGGAAAUUCUGCCCGCCUAUCUGGCGCAUCUUCGAUCGGCAUACGCCAAUGGCCACUCCAUUGGCGUGGCUCAUCUCCUUUGGCCGGCGGCUUGUGCGCUGGGAGUCAGCCGCGAUCUUCUGGCUGCUCUCUUCGAUCUGGCCUCCAGCGACCCGAGCGGCGGGGACUUUGUCCCGGAUGCCCCGGCCACCAGCACCGGCCACAUCGCCAAGAAGCAGCUCCACCACAUUGGCUCGUUCAGCAUCGGCAGCCAGCUGGCCUUCCAGGACGGCACCCUUUGAACGGGAGGCGCCCCCUCCUUGGCCCUCCUCUCGGAGGCAAUACACCCCCCCAUAGACACAUGCAUGAUCGGGCGCUGGGCCAGUUGGAAGAGCGGACAGGGGAGGGGACAAGCCGGGGGGUGCAUCUGCUUGGCAGGGUGGUCCUCUCGGUGGCGCGUGACGUCGGGCAAUGGGGCAGCGGAGGCGUGACAGGCAGACAUGCAGGCAGGCAGCCGGACAGGACGGCGGCGAUGAAUGCGCCGGAGAAGCGUCUUUUUGACCUCCGGCCAUCGUCCUCACGGCAGCAUGGGAUCGGUGGCUCCAGCGCCCGGAAUCCCAGGCCGGCGCACCCGACCCCAGGCGGGGAGGCGUCGCCUGGCCGGCGCCAGUGCGGCGACAUGAGGCCCAGAUCGGCGGAUCAUCGAGGGGGGCCGGGAGGGAGGGGGACAUGGCUGGCCGAUCGAGGUAUGCCCCUGGCCCGGGGAAGCCCGAGCUGCCGAAGGGCCUGGCCGAAGGACCAAUACCCGCAGGGGAGCAGCGAGGGGGGAUGGUUUGUAGUUGCUGGAGAGGCAAUCGGCAAAUUGACGCCACACGCGAGCACCAGGGCGAGGGCCCUGCCGGGCGAGUCUUGGCUCGACGCAGGGCGCCCCGAGACCGGCAAC